AUGCAGGCGGCUGAAGAUUCAGGAGAAGGUUCCUAUUCAGGGUCUGAUGAAGACAUGCGUUUAAACCCUCAGGCUCUGCAGCAUUUAUUAGAGCAGCUACAAGACUUAGAGGGCCCCUUGGGGCCCUCUUCACCCCCUUUAACUGCAGAUGCUCCUAUUAGCAGCAGCAGCAACAGCAACAGCAGCAAUAGGGGGCCCUCAUCUUCAAUACGUAGUAACCCCCCACAGCCUUCUCGUCUAGGCCCCUCUGAUAGAUUUGCUGUUCUUGUCUCUUUUUACUCUACUCUUCUACUUCUUUUCCUCUUAGUAUCUAAACUCUGCUACAUUAUUCGGAAAAAAAUGCGUAGUCAUUUCGGGGGCCCCCACAGGGGCCCCCAGAGGCGUCCUAGGGGGGCCCCCCACAGGGGCCCUCGGGGGGGCCCCCACAGGGGCCCCCAGGGGGCCCCCGAUGAGGAUCCCCAAGGGGCCCCCGAUGAAGGGUGCCCCCAGGAGGGGGGCCCCUUAGAGGGGGGCCCCCUAGAGGGGGGCCCCUUAGAGGAGGGCCCCCUAGAGGGGGGCCCCUUAGAGGAGGGCCCCUUAGAGGGGGGCCCCUUAGAGGGGGGCCCCCCAGAGGAGGUCCCCUUAGAGGGGGGCCCCCAGGAGGGUAGCCCUAUAGAGGGGGGCCCCCUAGAAGGGGGCCCCCUAGAGGGGUCCCCCUAUAUAUCAACUGCAGCAGUAAUAGAAGAUGAAUAUAUCGAAGGGGGUGAUAUAAAUAAGAAAGGAGAGAAGCCAAGCAGCAGCACGAGCAACAACAACAACAGCAGCAGCAGCAGCAGCAGCAGCAGCAGCAGGAUUGGUGGGGGUUAUGCAGCAGGCGAAGCAGCCGAUGAAGGAGUUGAUAACGCUAUAGCGAGUAUAAAUAUAAAUAAAAAGAAUAAUAAUAAAGAGAGAUUAGGAUGUUGUCUAGGAAAGAAGUGCAGCAAAACUAAAGAGAUUAGAGGGACAGAGACAAUGCAAGGGGGCCCCUAUGUUUCUCCUUGUGCUCCUGUAGUUGUUUCUGCUUCUGCUUCUGAUGCAGCAGCAGCAGCAGCAGCAGCAGCAGCAGCAGCGGGUGUAUUUAAUGUAUCUCCCCGUCUAUUAGCUUUAAGCCCUGAGCUUAAACGAGAGGAGAAACAGCUAAAAAAGCUUGAGAAGAUUCUUAGUCUUGUCGAAUUAACUUCAAUGCAGGGCCCCACACCUGGAGACUUUGUCUUAGGCAUUUUAUCUCGCCUCCUCGAUAUUCAUCAUCUCGGCCUUCAUCACGCAAAUGCAGCAGCAGCAGCAGCAGCAGCAAAUACAGCAGCAAGUGCAAAAGCAGCAGCAGCAAAUGCAGCAAAUGCAGCAAAUGCAAAUGCAGCAGCAGCAAAUGCAGCAGCAGCAAAUGCAGCAAAUGCAGCAAAUGCAAAUGCAGCAAAUGCAGAAGCAAAGGCAGCAAAUGCAGAAGCAGCAGCAGACGCAGCAGCAGAAGCAGCAGCAGGAGCAGCAGAAGCAGCAGCAGAAGCAGCAGCAGCAGCAGCACAAGAAAUCCUUGGGUGUAUGCAUGCAUAG